AUGAAGACGCCAAUUGCUAUUGUUGGGACCGCCUGCAGAUUUCCAGGAGGCGUAGCAUCCCCUUCGCAACUUUGGGAACUAUUGUCCAACCCAAAGGAUGUCCUUACGGAUGUAGAUCCCAAACGAUUAAACUUCGUCAACUUCCAUCAUCCCAACGGCGAGAAUCAUGGAGCCACAGAUGUGCCGAAUAAGUCCUAUAUACUGGACAGUGAUGUUCAUCGCUUCGAUGCUGGUUUCUUCAACAUUAGUGCGGCGGAAGCGGAGGCAAUGGAUCCGCAACAACGGCUCUUACUCGAGACGACAUAUGAGGCGCUCGAAGCUGCUGGAUAUACAUUGAAACAGAUGCGCGGCUCAUCCACGGCGGUGUUUAUUGGCGCGAUGACCUCGGACUAUCACGACAUUCAAGCUCGGGAUUUGGACACGAUCAGCCGGUGGCAUGCAACCGGGACAUCGCCAAGUAUUCUCUCAAAUCGUGUCUCAUACUUCUUUGACCUGAAAGGGCCGUCAAUGACUAUCAACACUGCAUGUUCCAGCUCCCUGGUGGCAUUGCACCAAGCGGUCCAGAGUCUACGUAACGGCGAUUGCACUACCGCCAUUGUAGGUGGCGUCAAUCUCCUGCUCGACCCUGAGGUUUAUAUCAGUCAUUCCAACCUACAUAUGCUGUCCCCAACGUCAAGGUGUCGCAUGUGGGAUAGGGAUGCUGACGGCUACGCCCGAGGCGAAGGGUGCGCUUCAGUCGUGAUCAAAACCUUGGAUCAGGCGCUGAAGGAUGGCGACGAUGUAGAGUGCAUCAUUCGGGAGACUGCGGUCAACUCGGACGGAAGAUCUGCGGGAAUUACAAUGCCCAAUCCGGAGGCCCAGGCGGCGUUAAUCCGUGAGGCCUAUGAGCGCAGUGGCCUGGAUCCGGUUCGGGACCGAUGCCAAUAUUUCGAGUGCCAUGGCACUGGAACGCAGGCUGGAGACCCCGUCGAGGCACAGGCAAUCCAGCAGACAUUCUACCCAGAGAGCGUUGUCUUUAGUCCAGACGACAAACUGUAUGUGGGAAGUAUCAAGACUCUCAUUGGCCACCUGGAAGGCUGUGCAGGUCUUGCCGGCGUGAUGAAGGCUAUAAUGUGCCUUAAGAACCGGAUCAUCACGCCAAACAUGCUUUUUGACAACCUCAACCCCAAUAUCGCUCCUUUCUACGACCAUCUCAGGAUUCCAACAAGCACUAUGACCUGGCCACCCGUUUCCCAUGGCUCCCCCUUGAGGGCGAGUGUAAACUCCUUCGGUUUUGGAGGGACCAACGCCCAUGCCAUUAUCGAGAGCUAUGUACCCCACCAAUCGGAAAACCACGCCACUUACUGUGACCAGUCGAUCAUCAAUGUAACCGCCGGCCCAUUCCUCUUCUCAGCGCACACUGAAGAAUCCCUAUAUUCAAACAUUGAAACACUAGCCCGUUACGUGAGGAACGACGAAGCAUUAGAUCUGGGUAAUUUGGCCUGGACUUUAGCCAAAAGAACCGUCCUGCCAUUCAAGACCUCUGUCACUGCCUUAAACAGAGACGAGCUCCUCCGCGGUAUAGAUAAGGUCAUUGAAGAGUACAAAGCCAGCAAAGGGAGCGAACAUGGCCAAUUGCAUUGGAGGCAAUCACCCGAACCACCAAAGGUCAUGGCCAUUUUCACAGGGCAAGGCGCACAAUGGGUUGGAAUGGGCCGUGAACUGCUACAUGCGUCUCCCAUUUUCCGCAGGUCCAUCGAGCGAUGUGAGCAUGCUCUAGCAACUCUUCCCGACGGGCCGUCAUGGUCCCUUCAGGAGGCACUUUUAGCAGACAAACCCUCGUCAAGCCUCUCUAAGCCUGAAGUAAGUCAACCAGUAACGACCGCCAUUGAAAUAGCUGUCUAUGAUCUCCUGUGUGCGUGUGGAGUCAAUGUCGAUCGGGUCGUGGGCCACUCAUCUGGCGAAAUAGUGGCCGCCUAUGCGCUCAACAUCAUUUCGGCAGAGGAUUCCAUGAAAAUAGCCUAUUACCGUGGGUUGCACACCAAGCCCGUUAAAUCGGGUGGCAUGCUCGCUGUUGGCCUUUCCUUUCGCGACGCCACUGAAUUGUGCUCCGGGCCGUCCUUUUUGGGGAGGAUCGUGGUGGCAGCGAGCAAUGGGCCUCUGAGCACAACGUUAUCGGGCGAUUACGAUGCAAUUCUCGAAGCCAAGGAACUCCUUGACGGUAAGAAGAUAUUCGCAAGAACUUUGCAGGUUGAUGUUGCGUACCACUCACAUCAUAUGGAGCCGUGCGCUGCUGCAUAUCUCGAAGCAUUGAAGGCGUGCAAUAUCCAAGUGAAAUCACCCAGGAGUGGCUGUACAUGGAUCUCAAGCGUGACGGGAAGCAGUGCAACACUGAACAGGGAUAUCCAAGCCUUCUCUGGAACUUACUGGGUCGAUAAUAUGGUCAAACCCGUUCUCUUUUCCCAGGCAGUGGAGAUGUCGCUUGGCGGCUGUCAAAACCUUGGUGGGUGUAUCGAGAUUGGACCUCACCCAGCUCUUCGUGGUCCUGUGUUGGAUACGUUGAAGCAAGCAGAGAGGUCGAAUGUUCUUUAUACUUCGUUACUUCACCGAGGGCAAAAUGACCUCAAGGCUGCAUCAUCCGCCCUUGGUUGCCUCUGGGAACGGAUGGGUGAACAUCUGGACAUUGGGAGGUUCCUCCAGGCUGUUAGUAAUCGGCCCUCCCAACUGAUAAAGGGAUUACCAGCCUACUGUUGGGACCAUAGGAGGAGAUACUGGAGAGAGUCCCGCGUCUCACGAAGAUACCGUCUCGAAAGUACACCUAUGCACCCGCUAUUGGGUCGGCGAUUUGCCAGCGAAUUCCCCAAUGAGAUGUGUUGGAGGAAUAUCCUACAUCUAAAGGAAAUGCCUUGGGCUGAAGGGUAUAAGCAAACGGGCCGAGAGGUGGUUUCGGCAGCCUUCUACAUUUCCUCUCUAUUAGCUGCAGCGAGUUCUGCAGCUGUAUGCCAAAGCCUUGAACUACUCGAGGUCAACGAUUUCGUUGCUAUGGAACCCAUGGUUUUGGAAGAGCAUAGCGAUGGGGUAGAAUAUAUCACGAGAAUACGAUUCCGUAACGAAAACAGCGAGACAGAAUCGAAUACCAGACUCGAUGCCGAAGCCUCUUGUUAUGCAUGCGAUAGCGACGGAUCGGUCUUAACCAAGCUAUGCACUGCACGUCUAACCCUUUAUCUCAGCGAAGCCAGCCAGCCGGAUUGUGACCAGUUACCCCCGAGGGAACAACAGAAGCACAUUCUCACGCCGGUAGAUGUUGCCGAUCUGUACGACUCAUUUGAACAGGCUGGCACAAGCUAUUCGGGACCAUUUCGAAGCAUAACCUCGAUCCAGCGGUCUCUGGGCGAAGCCACUGCGUCUGCAGCUUGGGUAGCCGACACGAUCGGCUCAGGAUCCGUACUCCCUCCAGCUAUGCUAGAAGCGUCAUUCCAGGUAAUGAUGUGUGCCUUUGCCUCACCAUUGAGUAAUGGACUUUGGACAUCGUUCCAUGCAAAGGAGAUUCGUCGAGCCCUCGUUAAGCCUCACCUUGCUCUGGAGAGUCUCUCAUGCGAAAUCGACGCUUUUGUGACUGAUUCCGACAAUAACACAGUAGAAGGAGAUGUGUCGUUGUACAAUCCAGACGGAAACACUAUGGUGCAAAUCGAGGGCUUGGUUAUGAAGAGUGUCCCUCGAUCCGAUACUUCGAGCGACCGUAACCUUUUCUCACAAGUGGUGUGGGAGAGCGACCCUUUUGGAUAUUCAGGGAUAUCUUCAUAUCAUACCCCGAAGGAGGAGACGGCUUGGAGAAGCGCAGCAGAUAUAAUCGCCUUGUAUCAUUUCCGAAGGGCACUCGACGAGCUUCAUCCACUCGAAUCUGCAGAGUUCAUGCCUCACCAUCAGCUCUUGUACCGUGAGAUUAGCCGCAUUGCUGCGGAUGACAACGGCUCUGAGGACUACAUUGCUAACGCAGAUCGUGGCAAAAUGUCGGAAGAGGAUAUCCUCGCAAUGAUCGACAAAUUUGCGGGAAUUGUGGAUCUUCAAUCAUUUCAUUCAUUAGGCAUGGCCUUGCCAGCAAUCUUGCGAGGGGAAGUGGACCUUCCUGACACGUCGAACGGAGUUGAAACCCUCGAGCGUUUAUGCCAGGCUCCGGGGAUGCUUUCUCUGCCGAACAAGGACCUUUGUUCUAUCGUUAAGCGUAUUGUGCACAAGCAUCCGCACAUGAACAUUCUGCAGCUUGAUGCUGGAACUGCUGUGAUUACCCGGCAAAUAUUGCAAGCUCUUGAUGAUAGGUAUACUUCCUAUUGUCUGAGUAGCGCGGCUUCAGUAGUACUCAACGAGAUGGUGGCCAAGUUCUCGACUCAGCACCGCAACCUAUAUUCCAAGGUCAUUGACUUUACCACCCUCGACGUUGCUCAAUAUGGCGGCGAGAAAUACGACAUGGUAAUUGCUGCCAAUCCGCUCAAUGCAACUGAUKCAUCCACCAGUCUCUUCGAAGGCUGCCGCGCAAUGCUAAAGCCCGGUGGUUACCUUGUGUUCGUUAGACUCACCGGGCGAAUGCCAGCGUCGUUAUUGUAUACCUGUGGCUUGCUUCCCCAGUGGUGGCAAGGGUACGAUCAUGAUGCCCAGACAUGGUCGGACAUGUCAACCGUUAGAUGCGACGCACAACUCCGCUCUAAGGGAUUUUCAGGCAUCGAUCACAUCUUUCAGGGCUCGAUGCAUCCAGACGGUGAUGGCCUUUCAGUAGUGGUUACUCAGGCAGUAAAUGAUACGGUCAUGAUGCUUCGAGAGCCAAUGAAUUCGACGGGGCUGGUGCCGCUCACGGAGGCCGUGGUCUUCCUAGGGGGCAAGACGCUAAUAGUAGCCCGCCUCCUGCAGGGUAUUCAGAGGAUUCUAGCCGCAUCGGGUACCGCAACCGCAAUAGUGGAAGACAUUGACCAUCUGGACCUGAAUUGUCUCACAAAGAAACAUUCGAUCAUCUCCCUACUGGAGCUUGACGAGCCAUUCUUCUCUAGAGGCCUCUUCCACGAAAGGCUCCUGAAAUUCAAAGACCUUGUGGCAGGGUCCAAGCACGUCCUUUGGCUGACAACUGGAAAUAUGGCAAAUAUAAGUGUCGCUAUCGGGAGGGCAAUGAGAUCACAACAGGGGGACAAAAUCAGCCUACAAUUCCUAGAAUUGUCCGCGGUGGCGAGCGUUUCACCUUCCGCUGUAGUUGAGGUCUUUUUGCGCCUCACAUGUUCUUUUGUGCCCGCGUUGACGGAUGGGCAAUUGCUUUGGACGAACGAACCUGAAUUACACUGGGAUGGUUGCACGCUUCGCAUUCCGCGACUUGUCUUGGACCGCAGACGAAAUAAGAGAUACAAUUCCAGGCACCGAGAAGUUGGUCCAAAAGGUUGGCUCCCACGAUCAUCGGUGCUUCCCUCAACCGAGACGUCGGCCGACUCGGUUGUCGUUCAGGUCAAAUAUUCUUGCAGUGUUUGUACGGAUGCCUAUCUCUGGAUUGGUACACGUGUCGGCGGAAAGGGGAAUAUUGUUGGCAUCUCUGACCAUAUCUCGCCGGUUAUCCAAGCAAGGCCUGAGCAUGUUCACAGCACUGUCGUCAAUGAUGAUUUAAGCCCGGAAGUGUUGCGAGCUACUGCUGGCUUCACUUUAGCGAAUUUGUUUUUGAAGUCCAUGUGUGGGCCAAUUCUUCUUUAUGAGCCUGAUGAGUUACUUGCUGCUGCUGUUGAGCAAUCGCGCGAUCCUCAGCAAACGGUUUAUUUUAUCACUUCGAAGUGCAACGAUUCCACUAAAGGGUGGAUAGCAGUCCACCCGCAUGCUUCGCGGCGUAUGGUUGCGCGAGUUCUGCCAAGUGACGUGUCAGUUUUUGUCGAUUUAUCUUCUUCCGAUGAUCACGUAGUCACCAUCCUCCGCGAGAUAUAUUCUCAACGUCGGAUCCAGGUGGUGGACUUAUAUCAGCGUGCGUUGCUUGCGAAUCCUAGGCAGCUUGUCGCGGAAAGUUAUUCUCAAGCAUGUACUAGCUUGUCGACUCUUCCACGCGUGCCUCUGGAGAUUACCUCUUCUGCAGAAAUCUCACCGAACAGUCUAUCGGUCACAUAUCCAAGAGUGGUAGACUGGACGAGCCCUCCUCCGAUAGUGAGCCAUGGUGAGGUCGUAAGGGCCACCACCCUCUUCUCCCCAACCGGAACCUACUGGAUGAUCGAUAUGGCGACACCACUUGGGUUGUCAAUUUUAAAGUGGAUGGCGAGAAACGGGGCACGGACAUUUGUCCUCGCCAGCAGAAAUCCGCACGUGCACGACGCUUGGCUUGAGGACAUGUCUCGUCUGGAUGCUACUGUGAAGCUUUUGAAGAUGGAUGCUUCGAACAGACAGUCCAUUUUUUCGGCUUUCACCCAGAUGAAGGAAAGUUUACCACCCAUUGCAGGUGUUUGCUAUGCUCCCUUAGCUCUGUCUGACCAAGGGUUUGAGUACACUGUCGAAGACGAGGGAGGUCUUGUCGCGAGUGCUAUGAUCAAUGCAGCGACGUACCUCGACGAACUGUUCCCAGCACCAACAUUAGACUUCUUUGUGAUCCUGACAUCCCUUGCCUCCUUCAUCGGAACUCCAAAACAGGUAGCGUAUCACGCGCCAGCACUGUUUAUGACAGGCCUCAUUCAACGGCGAAGGUUGAGAGGCCUGGUGGGGUCUGUAUUAGCCUUGGGUAUGGUUGUCGACGCUGGGUACUUUGCCAAGCAAGGCAAAGAGGUGAUUCAGCGUAUGAUGCAUCAUGGCUAUGCGCCUCUGUCCGAAUCUGAUUUACAUCAUGCCUUUGGCGAAGUGGUAGUUGCUGGUGCAACCGAGGCCGAAGGGGAUGCCGAGAUAUUCUUUGGGCUACAAAUGUUAAACUCGCAGAUUGACCAGAGCGGGGAAUCCUCUCGUUCUUCUAACCAUCUGCUUUCUCACUUCAUUUCAAACGGCUCCCGAAUCAAAGAGGGGCAAUAUGCUGAACAGGCGGAUUCAUUAUCACUCUUUAUUCCUGAUGAGCAGCUGAAAAACUUGGAGCCAGGGCAAAAUGCACACGACAGGUUGAUUGCGCGAUUAUUGGGCAAGGUCAAGUCACUUCUCCGGCUUACAGAUCAAAGAUUGGAUGUACACACUCCCCUUCUGGACCUGGGCUGUGACUCGCUUCUGGCUGUGGAUAUUCAGGCAUGGGUUGCGAAAGAGUUCGCUAUCGAUAUUACUCCCAUAGAUGUACUAUUGGACACUGUCGCAGGAUUGUGCGAGAAGGCUGUCCCACGGCCUGAUGCUCCCAGCAUAGUGCCGCAGAAAGAAGAGCAGCUUGCCAAGGACAUCGAUUCUAUAGACGUUGCGUCAACUGCAUCCAGCUCAAAACACAACAGCUCAGUUCAGGACCUACCGCUUGAUACCACCAGUUCGGAGUCAACAUGUGACCCAUGUCCUUCUGAUUUCGGAUUCGAACAAGAACGAAACGACUUGGAACCAAGGUUCACACGGGUUGAGAAGAUGUCACCACAGCAGUCGGAGAUCUGGUUUGCCGGGCAGUGGAUGAAGGACCCUACCCAGUACAACGUCGUUAUAUCUUACAAUGUUCAGGGACGGUUUCCGGUCGCCAGGUUCAAAAAAGCCUUAGAACUGGCUGUUUCCCGGCACGAGUCACUACGGACUGCCUUCUUUUUAGAUCCCAAUAAUGGUGACCUUCUUCAGGGCGUCUUAAAGAUCCCACCACCCUUCUUUGAACAUGUCAGGACUUCAAGCUCUGCGACAGUGUCACAGGAGUUUGACAGGCUAGCGUCUUACCAAUGGCCACUGGAAGAAGGUGAAGUUAUGCGAGUUACAGUGGUGUCUGUUGGACAGGACCAGCACACGGUCAUAUUUGGAUACCAUCACAUUGUCAUGGACGGAGCUAGUUGGUCUACAUUCCUACAUGACUUGAAGUGUUUCUACGAGCGGAGUCAGCCCCUACGCGAGGUUGCGCAAUACGUCGACUAUUCUGUGAUGUUGAAUCGCGACAUCAAUAAUGGAACUUUCGGAAAAGCGCUAGAGUACUGGGAGUCUGAGCUUUCACCACCGCCAGAAAUGAUGCCUGUCCUUCCUCUCGCCAAGGAGAAGACCCGUACACCAACAGAUAAUUUUAAGGUGCACACAGAAACGCGGUAUGUUAGCAUGGAGGUCACGGACAGGAUCAAGAAAGUGAGUCGCAGUCUUAGAGGCACGCUGUUUCCUUUCUACUUGGCGACAUUACAGGUCCUCCUCGCAGGAUUGCUGAAGAUCGAAAACCUCUGCAUCGGAAUGAGCGACGCAAAUCGCAAAUACCAACAGUUCACCGGCACAGUCGGCUAUUUUCUAAAUAUGUUGCCUCUGCGGUUCCAGGUCCAGCAAACCGAUAGCUUUGCCAAUGUGUUCCAAAAGACAUCCUCAAAAGUCAUGGCCGCGUUGUCAAAUUCUUCAAUUCCCUCCAACUUGGUUGUGGACGCGCUGAAUAUUCCGCGAGUGUCGAAUGCAACGCCUCUUUUCCAGGUUGCCAUAAACUACCGCGUGGGAGAGAUCACCAAGAUGUCUGUGGACGACUUUGACCUUAAUUACGAUCGGAGUAAAAUGGGCAAUGCGCCAUAUGAUGUCUCCCUCCAUGUCACGCCCUGCGCGGAUGGCACCUCUAUUGUGGAAGUAAACUGUCGGGACUAUUUGUACUCGCCAAAAGCCACGAAAGUGAUCAUCAAUCAAUAUAUCAGGCUACUUGAAAUUAUGUCCUCUGAUCCUUCCCUCUCCGUCCAGAGCAGUCUGGCCGCUUCCUUCCCCCCCAACGAGGCUGGUCUCUCGGUUCAACGUGGUCAGCGGAUGUCUCACGGCUGGCCAGCGACCUUGCCUGAAAGGUUCCAGGAUAUGACUGAUCGAUAUGGAGAUGAAAUUGCCGUCGCGGAUCAAAGUGGCGAUUUCAGCUAUCUGCAGCUUCACGCGAAAAGCACCCAUAUUGGAGAAGCUUUGCUUCAGAAAGGAGUCCGAUCUGGAGACACAGUCGCAGUCUUGUGCCACCCGUCAAUCAAUUCGGUGGCGAGCAUGCUAGCAAUUCUCCGCAUUGGUGCGGUUUAUGUGCCCCUCGACCUGAGCCUUCCCGCUGCAAGACACAAAGCUAUGAUCUUGGCUUCCCCUAUUAAAGCACUAGUUUGCGCCUCUUCUACCGCUGAAAAUGUCUCAGAAUUGGGGGUCUCAACCAUUCUCAACCUUUCCGAGAUUUCAGACACCCAAAUACCGUCCACGAGGUUUACAGACAGUGCGAAGGGUGAUUCUUUGUCAAUUUUACUGUACACAAGCGGCUCAACAGGUCAACCGAAGGGCGUCUGUCUGCCCCAAAGCGGCUUUAUUAACUACCUCGCUGCGAAGAGGAAAGAGCUCGGUCUUGAUAGCUCGACGGUUGUCCUUCAGCAAAGCUCCCUGGGAUUCGACAUGGGGCUUGCACAGACUCUCAAUGCCAUAAUGAACGGAGGAAAGCUUGUCAUUGUGCCACAAGAAGUACGAGGGGAUUUGAUUGAAAUUGCAAGAAUUAUCCGCCACCGCGAAGUAACUUUCACGCUAGCGACUCCGUCCGAAUACCUCGUCAUGCUUCAACAUGGCCGUGAAUACCUCGACCAGUACGCCGGAUGGCGGCACGCCUGCCUGGGCGGUGAGCCUUUCACGGACCAGCUCAAGAGGGAGUUUUCCCGGCUAGGAAAGAAUUGUCCUGUGGUACAAGACUCCUACGGUGUGACCGAGAUUUCCGCGUGCACAACCUUUGAGACGAUGUCCGCCUCACAGCUUGAAGGGGCACGGAGUGUUGGGAGAACAAUUCCAAACACCUCUCUGUACAUUGUGGACCCGGACUGCAACCUUGUUGCAACUGGAGAGCCUGGUGAAAUCUGUAUCAGUGGCGCCGGUGUUGCAUUGGGAUAUCUGAACGAGGAGCAGACUAGGUUGAAAUUCUUGGAAGAUCCAUUUGCUCUGCCGGAUGAUAAAGCCAGAGGAUGGACUCGGAUGUACCGUACCGGAGACAAAGCUAAACUGCUCGACGACGGCUCUCUGAUCCUCUUGGGCCGAAUGGACGGAAACACGGAAGUCAAGCUCCGAGGACUUCGUAUUGAUCUCGAAGAUGUGGCCUCCACCAUGGUAAACUGCCACCCGAAUCUGCUCGCAUCAGCGGUCGUGUGCGUCAAAGGCCAGGGGGUCUCCGAAAUGCUCGUCGCGUUUGUUGCCCUGAUGCCUGGGCAGACUGCUAGUAACGUCGAGCUACAACAUCUCGCCAGCAACCUCCCCUUACCACAAUAUAUGCGACCUUCAACAGUCAUCUGUCUAGAUGAGCUUCCCCGAAAUGCAAACGGAAAGAUUGAUCGGAAAAGGAUAGACGCUAUGCCAUGGACAGAGCCAACCACUAUGAGCCAACCAUCAAGACGGCUUACGUUGGGCGAGGGUGAACUUAAGCUUCUUUGGCAAGUUCUGCUGCCUGAUAAGCACAUCCAACCCGAGUCUGACUUUUUUCUCCUGGGGGGGAAUUCCACGUUGCUGGUCCGAUUACAAGGCGCGAUCCGCACCUCCAUCGGGGUAUCAGUUACUCUCCGAGAACUGUACAGCGCCAGCACACUGGCACAGAUGGCGCUCAAGGUUGAUGCUCGGAAGGCUGAAGCACCAUCAAUGUCGAUCAAUUGGCUGGCGGAAACGGCUAUACCGCAAAACAUCCUUGAUUGCGCGAGCCCAACGGCAAAUAUUAGGCAACCUAAACAUUACCAAGGUUCAGGUUGUCAGAUCCUACUCACCGGUGCGACAAGCUUCCUUGGGAGAGCCCUCGUGCAGGUUCUCCUCCAGGUGCCCGAAGUGGACAGAGUGCAUUGUAUCGCCGUGGAAAAGGAGCAAGAGCAAGGUCUUCCCACCAGCAACAAAGUAUCAAUCUAUUAUGGAACCCUUCUCGACCCAAUGCUCGGUCUUUCAACCACCGAAUGGGCGUCCCUGCAGUGCUGUAUAGACGUAGUCAUCCACAACGGCUCGAACGGCCACUGUCUUAACACCUACAGCUCUUUGAAAGCGCCGAAUCUGGGCUCAACCCAUCGCCUCGCCCAGUUUGCCGUUCAGUUAAAUGUUCCCCUGCACUAUAUCUCUUCCGGGAGAGUCAUCCUCCAGUCCGGGCAGACCGCCCUCGGGCCCACAUCAGUAUCUUUUCACCCUCCUCCGCUCGACGGGUCUGACGGUCUCACAGCAACAAAAUGGGCCAGUGAAGUCUUCCUCGAGCGCUUCGCCGAGCACACUGGUAUAAGUAUUAGUAUCCACCGUCCCUGCACACCUAUCGGCGAUCACGCUCCAGCCCAGGACGCAUUGAACUCGCUCCUGCGUUACUCUGUCACUCUCGGUGCGACGCCCCGCCUGACAAGAAUGGAAGGAUACUUGGACUUCCAGAAAGUCGAGAUCAUUGCGGAGGAGAUCGCUACGCUGGUUACAUCCAGGUUCACCAAGCGUUCAACUGCAGCAUCGUCUACGACGCCCGGGGUGUCCUUUUUCCACCAUUCGAGCAAUGUCAAGGUUCCCGUGAAGAGUUUCAAGGACUAUAUGGAAAAAGUACAUGGUCGAUCAUUCCAUGAGCUCAGUUUGCAGGAAUGGAGCUCUCUGGCGUUGGAACAGGGCAUUGAGCCACUUAUUCCUAGUUUCUUGGAAGCGGUGGAUGAUAACGAGGGGACAUUGCGAUACCCUUAUUUGGGUGAAUAG